UCCAUUCAUGCAAAUGUACCUCAAGUAGCUAAGCCACCGACCAUGGGGUACAUGAACGACACUCGUGGUUUACUGUUGACGACGUGCCCCAGCAGCAUCGACCACUACGUCCAGAACCUGACCUCCUCCUACUCCAACAAGAGCAACGAGUCCUCCGUGGUGGCCACCUCCGUCUUCAUGCUCGUCCUCGCCGCCGUCUUCUUCAACCUCAACCUCUUCAGCCGCGUCUCCAACACCAGCGCCGUCCUCAACCCCACCGCCCGCGCCGUUCUCAACUCCGCCCUCAACCUCUUCCUCCCCGUCAUGUCCUACCUCUUCUCCGAGGCCAAAAACACCCCUGACGGUGGCGCCGACCUCCCGGUGCGGGCUCGCCUCAUCCUCACCUGGAUGCUUCUCGUCGAGCUCCUCCGCAAGAAGGUGGAGGCCAUCCUGGUCACCGCCGGCAUGCAGCAGGGCUACUCUAACAUCAUCACACAUGCCAACGCCGUCGCCUGGCUGGGCUACCUCGCCUUCUUCAACCUCAAGGUGGCCGGCCGGGUGGCCGUCUUCGGCACGCUCUGGCUGCUCUGCGCCGCCAAGUUCGUGCAGAGGGUGGCCUUCACCGAGAUAGGGAAGCGUUCCUUGGCCUACGGCAAGAACGCUCGCCUCCUCUCCUCCUACAUGGCUGAAAUGGUCAAGGACCCGCGGCAUGGCGGCACCGCCGUCCAGGACCAGGACCUCUCUCCGUUGCAGAGGAUGAAGAUGUGCAAGUACGUCGUCAUGGGAGAAGAGAACCUUAUGCUGAAGCCCGGCCCGCAUGGCUACGAGCUCGACCUCGACAGGCUCAACACCACGUACGACGAUGGCGACCACAUCGUCACCGUCGGGAAAAUAUGGGAACUCGUUGAGCAGGAGAAGAAACCGAGGCUUAAAAGGCUCCAGAGGCUAAGCCUCUCCUUCGCGCUCUUCAAGCUGCUGCGGCCUAGGUUCGAGCUCCUGCCGGCCAUGACCAAGCAAGAAACCGACCACUGCCGGGACCUCAUCUUCCAAGGCCUGUGCAGAGUCAGCGACGGCGACGUGGACCCAGGGGUGGCACUAUUCCAGGUGCUCAAGGACGAGAUCAGCUUCGUGAGUGAGUACUACCACUCGGUCCACCCGGUGGUGCUGGCCAGCCCCUACUUCUUUGUGAUCAACUACAUCACCUUCCCAGUGGUGGUGUUGGUCCUUUGCUUCAUGACCAUCGCCCUCGCCGGCAACGGCGACAUGCUCUUGGCGUUUCACAGCGUCGGGGACGACAACUACGCCAUAUCGUCGGGCAUAUUCACGCUCACCAAGUGCCUAUGGAAGAACUUUCUCCGGAAACCGGCGGCCUUCUUCGCCAUCAUCGACAUCUCCAUCACCUACCUCCUGUUCAUCGCUUUCGUCUACGAGGAGGUGUGGGAGUACAUGGUGUUUGUGUUCUCCAACUGGUUCAUGGUGUCGCUGCUCUGCACAUACACCGCAAGGCGACGCUGGCAGGAGAGUAAGACCUACCGUGGCACUCUCCGCCGCAUCGCCUGGAUCAGUAGCAAGCUGAGCCACCCUAGCCGUGUCACCCUCAAGCAGUUCUCCGUGCUGAGGGUUAGCUGGCUCUCCAUGACUCUGCCCACCACGUCUCUACCAACGCAAGCAAAGAGGUCCAUAAUGGAACGCUUCCGCUCGGCGGCAUACGGCCGCGAUGGUUUCCCGGCCCCCCUUAGCAACGGAAGAUACGUACUAUACUCCAUGCAACGGUACUCACGCUUGUCAUGGUUCUGCGAUACUCAAAGUGUCGCAGAGGUCAUCAUCACCUGGCACAUUGCCACCAGCCUAUUGGAGAUGACGUAUCCAGGACAUCGCAAAGGAGGGACCUCGCCGACGGAUCACCAUAGGGCGGUGGCGACAAAACUGUCCAAGUAUUGUUCUUACCUCGUGGUCUUCCACCCGGAGCUGCUACCGGAUGACCGGGAGUGCACAGAGCGCGUGUACGAGGACAUGAAGACCGGUCUCAAGGAGGCGCUCGGGAGUUGGAACUACCACUUAGGGUCGGAGAACGCGCGGUACACGAAGAUGAUGGCGACGAACCAGGAUAAGCUGCGCUCCGACUGCUGGGACAACACCAUGACUAUGGUCCAGAAGGGGAUAGUGCUUGGAAACGUGUUGGUGGUAGAGGCCAAUGGAGACUAUGGGGCCGUUUGGAAACUGCUUGCCGACCUUUGGGUUGAGCUGAUUGUGUAUGUUGCCCCAUCCAGCGGCGAUGAGCACGUGAAAUGGCACGAGGAGGCGCUAGUGCUAGGUGGCGAGCUCAUCACCUUGCUUUGGGCCUUGGCCACGCACACCGGUGUAACCCGCCCACCGUCGACAUCGUUGGUUGUCAUGCCGGUUGGCGAGGAUGUCGAGGAGGGAGUACGUCCUUGUGUAUAGGCCUACCUAUACAUAUCUUCAUAUGCACAUCAUUAUGUGUACUCUCAGGUCUAUUUAUAUA